CAGUGUUUGUGAUUUCUCUGUAAUUGUCCUCAUUAAUAUCUGUACCAAGAUGGAUGUUCUGGAACCUUACGGAGAUCCAGAGGGUGGAGGCGGUGAUGCCUUAACAGGGCAGAGAAAGUCUAGGUUAAAGUCUUUAAAGUCACGGCUGUUUGGGAAGAUAAGCAGGAAAGAUGGUGAUGGUGGUGUGAAGAGUCAGUCUGAAAGUGACAUCAUUUUGAGUGUUGAAGACUCAGAGCAUGACUUCUGCUCCCAAAGCAUGCUGGGAUCCCGGACAUUAUCACAUGACAGUGUUUUCCUGGCAGAAAAUACCUAUUCGGACCCUGAGCCACAAAGAGGCCUGUCUCAUGAGAACAUUCAUGGAAAUAUUCAAGCUCUCCAGAUGAAACUCCAGCAGCAGAAGAUGCAUUUAGGUCCGCCCUUGCUGUUGUCAAGUAAACGUCAUACAAACUUGGGUGGAAGUGCAGCGGAUGAUGACCUUCCUUGCCUAUCCAGGAGUAUAUCAAACAAGGCCCAUGUGUCCUUCCAGCCACUUUUCCCUCAGCCUAUAAGCACAGCAUUUUUACCCAUUUCCCCAAGUGCUUCAAGCUCAGGAGUGGACUUCAGCACUCCUCCCCAGUUUACUUCCAUCCUGGACAACUCUGCCGCACGUCACCGUAUGUCCAUUAAACCUAAGAAACAACGGGCAGGUGCCAAGAAUAAGAGAACGGUCACUCUAGCUGAAAGCAGACCACGAUCUGAAAGUUUAAACAACUUGGAACAUUCAUUGACUAAGAGGGAGGAAAAGCCAGUUGCAAAAGAGAUGCCCUGUAUUCGCUCGUACUCCUCUAAGGUGUUAAGCCUAGGGGAGAGGCAAACUGCUUUACAAAGCAAGAGUAUCCCUACAGUUUCAUCGUCCCUGUCUCUGAAGUGUACUGAAGAAACUAGACAUGUUUCUGGUGAAAAAGAGCAUAAGAGCCUCCUGUUCACAUCUCCUCAAAACACUUGCCUAAAGAAGCUGACUCCAGCUGAGGUGCCAGUGUCCACCAUAAGGCAAGAGGUUGCAAAAGAAACUAAAAGUCUUUCAAGAUCAGAAGAAUCCCAAGUAGCCAAACCUCAAAGCCCAGUGGUGUCAAUCAACAGAGCAAUAAAACAAGAGUUGAAAGACUCCAAACUGCUCAAGAACAGCCAAAGCAACCCUGUGUCAACUUCAAGGGCACAUGUAGAUACCAUACAAGAACCGAGAAUUAUGCAAGAUGAGAAGUCUAAUAUUGACCAAAUGGACACAUUAAGCAAAUGUGGUGUUCAGACUGUAGUAAAUGUAGAAAUUCAACAUUCCUCUCCUCAAGCUCCAGUCAAUGUGAUUACUAGAGUGAAUUUAAGACCGUCAUCCUUAAGGAGAAAUGCACACUCUGCAGAUGAAAAAUGUGAGUCAAAGAUCCUUCAGUCAGUCACGACUGCGUUGCCUAGUGCUCAGGAACAACAAUCUCAGACUGACUACAUGAAGCGACCGAGAUCAACAUCCGCAACAUUCCAACUCAAGCCAUCUUCAGACAAGAUUCAAGAGCUUCCAAGGACUGCAAGCUUUACUGGCCAAGGUGGACUGAAACAAGAUCCUACGUAUCCUUCUAAACCUUCUCUUACCUUCAAGACACAAGGAGAACUUAGUUCACAAGCUGAGAAAACAAAAAAAGAUCCACAUUGUAGCAUGCCACCACAUACACAAAAGGAAAAGAAAGCACAAGUGAUACCACCAAAGUUCAUGGAUUUAGCAACAUACAGCUCUCAAACCCAGGAUGUGCAGGAGAGUAAGGACAAUGGGAUGCAGGAGCUUGGAGUAGAGGCUUCAGAGGAAGAGGUACAGGAGGGAGUAGAGGAGGCAGAAGAAGCAGGAGAGGAUGUGACGGAUGUUAAGGAAGCAAAUGAGAGAGAAGCUACAAAUGCAUUUGGUGUAAAGCUGCGUUCCACCUCUCUUUCGCUAAAGUUUCGCCUGGACAAGACACAAUCAGAAAUCAAGGUAAAACAACACAGUGCUGAGGUCUCCACACUGUCUCCACCUCUAACCUUACGGUCUGAUUCAACUAGUCAAGUGGAACCUGAGGACCAUCGUUCUAGCAUGGGCUCUAAACUAAAAAACCCUUUACUCCAAGCCAAUGAGUCCUCCAACCCCAGUUGCACACUCAAGAGUGUCUCUAAAGAUAAGGAGACGACUGGCUUCCCUAGACAGGCUGAACCUCAUCAGCCCUCAUUGUUGUCCAGCAAAGCCACUAAGAUUGCACCUUUAUUUCCUAAAGAAGGUACAGACUUGCUUCCAAAAGAGCCUGUUGCAGUCACCUCUCAGGAAAAUGCACCAACAUCUACAGCCUCUGAGAUGUCCUGGAUGGAGAUGGCUAGAGAGAAGACCAGAAGUCUACAACAGCUUUUUACCAGCAGACUGUCCGAUUUUCCAGGCUUCCAAACAACAACACGACCAACAACCUUGAAUACAACACAGCCACCACCCCAAACAUCCACUUCACAAGCCAGCGCUAGAACCACUCAAAACAUUACAAACCAACAGACAGCAACAGACCUUUUGUUGAGGCCUACAGAGAUGUCUACAAGACAGCUGCCAUCUGUGAAGACCUCUGGAAGAUCCACACAGCCUGUGCAAACCAAUAUAAGCACAACGACCCAACCUUUAGCAUUAUCAACCUGUACAAUUCAGACAACCACCAGUCAAUCACAAGAUGACUGUAUCAAAAAACACCUGUUUCAAUCCAAACCCCAAAUUUGUAGUUCAACAACAAAAACAACUCAGUCUACAGUUACAUGCACAUCAACCAUACAAUCCACCACUCAGCCUACUCAUACAGCAAAAGAGCUAUCAUCACGACCAAAGUCACCACCCAUCCAACAGUCAUUACCACCGCACAUAGGACCCCUACAAACAUCCCAGACCUCCACACAAUCUUUACUACAUCCCAAACUAUCUCCAGCUUACCAAUACCUAUUAUCAAGCCCCAAGAAAACAUCUCACCUGAUGCCCCAACAGUCUGUUAAAACUGUCUCAAAGGAUCAGCCUCAUAAUGAAGGUUUUGAGCCCAAGACACCACCCAUCCAGCGUUCUUCACCAACAGGGCAAGCAGGACCCCUCCAAACAUCCCAGACCUGCACACAAUCUCUACUACAUCCGAAACUAUCUCCAGCUUACCAAUACCUAUCAUCAAGCCCCCCAAAAACAUCUCAGAUGAGAUCCCAACAGUCUACAAAUACUGUCCCAAAGGAUCAGCCACCGAAUGAGGGGUUUGAGCCCUCUGUAAACUCAGGAAAAGCUGACAGGGUUUCUAUGCCGCAGGGGAAGGGCAACAGGCUGGAAGAUUUCAAACCAUUGUGGGCAACAGGAAUGGGAAACAAGACCCAGCUGGUCCAACACUGGGAUACCCAAUCAACUGCUGCAACCAAGGCAGGUGAGCAGAAAGACACAGCAGAGUCCCAAGCGACAGCUCAGUCUACAGCUCCUGUCUCAAAGGUCUCAGCAACAGACACAGGCACAGACCCAAAAGCAUCAGUUUCAUGUGUUGCCAUGAGGACAGGAGACAGGGAGGAUAAAUGGCAAAAGAAGUUAGUGCAACCAUCAUCAUCACCACCUUCAUCAUCAUCUCCACUCCAGUCUGUUCAAGACAGAGACCAACCAUCAUGGAUGGAGCUGGCCAAAAGGAAAUCAAUGGCAUGGAGUGAUAAGACUAUGGACUAAAACCCAGUCUGGCAUCUGCAUAAGCAUAAUGCUUUGAGGUUUGCUUCAUGUAAACUUAAAGAACCCCUAUUAGCUGUGUAUGCUUUGUGGGAUGACUGUAAAUGUAUCAAUCUUUAAUUCUAUGUGUUUCUGUAAAACCACCCUAAUGUGAGCAUCUUGUAUUCUCUUCAUCUAAAGUAUGAAUACAUGACAAUCAGCUAUUACGUAACGACAAAUCAACAUGUGUCACGUUUGAAAACACAAGGAUUUAAAUGCUACAAUGUUACUUAAUCUGCUGGUUGCAUUACUGAUGGUAUGUUUCGGUGAAAGCUACACCAUCAGAAGCUUGGUCUCGUGGGCUGUCACAAGUGAUGUGGUGGAUGAAAAGCUGGACACACACUCGGAUGAAACGCCAGCUGUGAUUGUCGACAAUACCGCAAAUUUGGAAACAAACCUAUCUGUCCUCUGUGUACCGGGACGGUGCCGAAAAAAGACCGAAAAGAGAUCGAAGGGUGAGCACUUAUCACCCGCAUCCCAUGUGUUUUCAUACCGUUUGGCCGAGGUGAAACCACCCUAAUGUGAGCAUCUUGUAAUCUCUUCAUCUGAAGUAUGAAUACAUGACAAUAAUAGGUACAGUACAAACAGUUUGGCAAUAAUAUGUACAGUAAUAUGUUUAUGAGGUUUACAGCUACAUUUCCUGGUGAUUUAGGUUAAGAGUAGCUGGUAGUAAUUUGCAAAUGCACACAACAUGAAUGUAAAUCAGGGGGAUUGGAAGGGGAGAACCAAAUUCAGGUUCUGAAUCAAAAUAAGCACCUGAGUGCAAUCUCAGGAAUAGAAACAUACUCUCUGUUUUAUCCAAAUGCAUUCGUGCAUUUUCAUCAUUUCUCAGGUUAUGUGUGUUUAUUAUGUUCAAAUGUUAAGUAUUAAUUGACCCAUGAUUUCUUUUCCUUUCCAAUUACACAUUUUUAUUCA